CAAUGGAAUUGAAUAUUUUAUACAGCUACGUCAUUGAAGUACUCAUCUGCUUGCACACUCAGGUGCUUGAGAAGCUUCCAGACCUGGCCAAAUAUCGCGACACUCCCAGGUUUCCGCAGCCCCACGGAGCAGAAAGAGCAAGGGACGCACAGAUUCUACCCAAGCUAAGGCAAGAGAGGCUGCGACGCGAGAGCUAGACCCUCCCUAGGCCAUGUGACGGAAUUGGUGGCGCGCGGAGCAUCCAGAAGUCCCACCCAGCCCAACGUUAUUGGUCUUUGCCCAUGGGCGGUUUCCUGGGAGGGCGGGGCAGUUUUGGCGGGCAAUUGUGACGUCAUUAGUCCCGAUCCGGUUGCUCCGGCAACACCACAAAGAUUAAGCUUUUUGACUGAUCCAAGAAAGGAUAGGGGCGGCUUCAGAACGCCAGGAAACGACGUGAGACGCCCAAAAGCUGGGACGCUGGGGUUCGUGUGCUGCCCCUACACCAACGGAAAAGCAGAAGUCAGCUCCACUGGAGCCAAGCGUCCGGGCGGAAGCAGCGUCUUUCCCGGAGCAGUGUUUUGGCGGGUGUGUGCCUCGGCAGCCUCCGGCUUGGCAGCCGAGGGAGCAUCUUCAUCUGGUAAGAGGGAGGAGGGGAACUUGGCGCAUACCUCCUUCCGCGCCAGGGAACCGGAACCCACCGUCCGCACUGCCGAAAAGGUUCUCUUAAUGCAUCGGGGCAGCCAAGGUUUCCCGACGGAAACCUUUCUUAUCCUGCGUUUGUCCUAAACGUGGACAGAUUGCAUCAACUUCAAGGGUAGUACUGUUUACCUGACGCGCGGAGCGCCUUUUGCUUCAAGACGUGUUUGAUGUUUCCAAUCUCUGAAUUCUGGUACGCUGUUGGGCAUAAUUUUCAACACAAAACAGUUAAUUUGCUUUCUCCGUAGUUGGGCCGGAUAUACUAUUCUUUGUUUUUCGGGUGUUGAUGUUGAAUAUGCCUUUUUAGCAUAUUAAAAUGGCUGUGCCUAAAGACGCCAUCCCUUCCUUGUCGGAUUGCCAAUGCGGGAUCUGCGUGGAAAUCUUGAUCGAGCCGGUAACGCUGCCUUGUAAUCACACGCUCUGUAAAGCAUGCUUCCAAUCGACUGUCGAAAAGGCGAAUUUAUGUUGUCCCUUCUGUCGCCGCCGGGUCUCUUCGUGGACCCGGUACCAUACCCGAAGAAAUUCUCUUAUCGAUAGCGAACUGUGGGAGAUAAUUCAAAAACACUAUCCAAACGAAUGCAAGCUUAAAACAUCUGGGCAAGAAUCAGAAGAAAUCGUUGAUGGUUAUCAGCCAGUUCGCCUGUUAAGUAAACCUGGGGAAUUGAGAAGAGAAUAUGAAGAGGAGAUAAGCAAGGCGGAGGCAGAGAGGCGAGCUAAUGAGGAAGAAGAAAACAAAGCCAGUGAAGUAUACAUACAGAAAUUAUUGGCAGAGGAGGAAGAGGAGGAAAAAAGAGAAGCCGAGAAAAGGAGAAGAGAGAUGGAAGAACAGCUGAAAAGUGAUGAAGAACUGGCAAGAAAGCUAUGCUUUAAUAUUAACAAUUUCUGUGAGAGAAGUGUCUUGGCUUCUCCCGUGAAUUCCAGAAAAUCUGAUCCAGUCACAACCAAGUCACAAAAGAAAAGUAACAAACGGAUAAGUACUGGAGAUAUUCAGAGGUAUUUGUCUCCUAAAUCGCAGUUUGGGUCAGCAUCACAGCCUGAAAUUGUACAAGAAGGCAACAAAAACUCCAUGUCUAAGGAAAUUUACAGUAGUGCUAUAAAGAGCCCCAUGUGGCAAGACACAGAAAUUGAUGAAGAUAUGCCAACACUUUCUCCGCAAAUAUGCCUAGAAAUUCAAGAACAAGGUGCAAAGUCUUCAGUAGAAUCACCUAUGCCUCCGUUAUGUGUCCAUGGUACAGAAAUGUGCCUUGAAGGAGAAGUCAAAAUGAGACCAAGCAGUCAUGAUAACGAGUUAUGUGACAUAAAUCAUGAGGGACCUAAUGCCAGAGUUCACUACUCUAGAGAAGCUACAUUUAAGCCUUGUGGCAAAACAGAGAGUGGGAGCACUAUAUCAGAUAUGACACAGAUAAUUGGAAAUAACACAGUUGAGACAGAAAAUGAAGAGUCUCAUCUACUGAUCAGUAAAGAAGAUAUUUCCAAAAGAAAAAACCAGGAAUCAUCCUCUGAAGUAGUCAGAGAUCCAUGCUUUUCUGCAAAAAGAAGGAAAGCAUCCCCCAAAGCUUCCUCAGACCAAGAGGAAGCAGAAAUCAACUUUACCCAAAAAUUGUUAGAUUUGGAACAUCUACUUCUUGAGAGACAUAAACAAGAAGAACAGGACAGGUUAUUAGCAUUACAGCUUCAAAAAGAGGUGGAUAAAGAACAAAUGAAGCCAAACCGGCAAAAAGGAUCCCCAAAUGGGUAUCAGUUACGAACUAUGUCCUCACCUCCAGACAAAUUGCUAAAUGGACAGAGGAAGAAUUCCAAAGAUAGGAACUUAAAAGGACAAAAUGAUACAGAGCAUUCAAAAUGUCAGAGAAGCUCAAAAAAUGAAGAUUGGCAACCUUCUUUUAAGACCCAGUUGACACGUUCAGUUAGUGUUAAUGGAAGAAAGAUGCCGAAUUCUACCAGAGAUAAAAGUGCUCGUUCCCAGCAGCCUAGUAAGUCACAGAAAAGCAUUUUCCAGAUGUUUCAGAAAUACUCAAAGUAAUGCAUAGACAAAGGGAGCGUUUUAUAAUCUAGUAAAUCUGGAUUGUGAAGCUUUCUUUUUUACCAUAGACUCUAAAGUUUUCAUUAAUUCUGCUCUGUGGGCAUACUCAUUGUCCUUAACUAAAGGAUGAUGUGAUUACAAGGGUGGCAUGAAUAUGCAACUGUGUUUCUGUCACACUCAGUGAUAAGCUUGAGUCACGAUCCUUUAUUAAUAACUGUGAUGUGAUAAGUUUGGCAAUCCUUAUACUUAACUGAUAUAAAAGUGCCUGGGCCAACUCCCAAGAAAUCUUCAGGUGCCAGUCUCUUUUCCCCAAAAAAUGCAUUUUAUGGCCUUUGCUCACCUUUUUGUCCUAACUAGUAAACAAAGCAAGAUUAUAAUUAUAUAUAGUUAAGGAAUUCAGGUUUCAAAUCUAAGUUUUCUUGCUACUUUGCCAUAUACUGUGUGGAGUACUUGAAAUUCAUCUUCCAUAACACUAAAGUAAUCUAAUUUCCAUUUUUAAAAUUAUUUUAAGCAUUAUAGCAUCUUUUUAAAAAUAGGUCGAGAUCAACGUGAAAUCUGAAAAAUUAGAGUUUCCUGGAAAAUUAGGGUUAAAUUAGGAAACUAGACUCUUGAUGCAAAAGGAGAUAAGAGUUGGAAUGAGGCUGAAUGGAGCAGACCAAUAACUUAGAAGCCCUGGAACUGAGUGGGUGAUCAGAAACUGGGUCCAGGAUGGAGUUAGCAGGUAUAGUUUGGCAGAGCACUCAUUCUCCCUUGCCCUUUUUUUGCUAAAUGACAUGAAGCAUUUGGGUUUUAUAGCUUUUCACACCAUAGUAUCUGGUGUCAAAAUCAAAAUUAGCUACUAAAUUACCUGAAAUUUUGGAAAUUUCUAUUAAUCUGCUAUUCUAGGGGAAAUAAAAGGGAAUUUACUGUAGGUUUAUAUCACAAUAUCCUACAUAAAUAACCAUACUUUUACUUCCUUAUAUUAUCAUUUGUAUUGGUAGUGACUUCUAUUUGUGUUUAUGGACAGAAAUAGAAAGUAUGAUGCUUGGGUUUUGCCUUCUGUUACCCCUCAAAGUUAAAUCAGAAGUAAUGAUUUCAUUUUGUGAAAUUUAACUUAGAGACUAUUAAUCUUUGUUUCAUUAAUAUGAACAGCUUGGAGCACACAAACAACAGUUUUAACAGCAUUUCUGCUGAUGUCUUAAUUACCUUCCCAUCCUUUUAAGGUGAAAAUACGAUAAAAUGUCCUAGAGCUAAUUCUAGCUUAAAUUUGUCAAUAUUUUUUCCUCCAAAUUUUAUAACUGAAAUUCUGUUAAUUUUUGUAUACUUGAUGGCAUAUAUUUAAAUAUUGAGUGGGUAAUUAUUGGUAGAACUCUCUAAUGCUAAUUUAAAAUUUAGUUUGCCCUUUCUCAAAAUAAAGUGUCCUCUGAGUAAAGAUUGAACUGAAAUUAAGUGCAGUCAGAAACUAACCAAGUUUGUGUAAAA